UCCAACGCGUCUCUUCCCGAUCCACAGUUGACUUCGAGACAUCACGGUCGCAUCAUGACGAUAUAAUCGUGCGAUCGUUUCUCAUUUUUGUUCCAAUUUAUGAAAAUGGUCGUCCCAUAGGGGGCCUAAAAAUGUUUAACUAGCGCGUAUGGUAGCGUAGGAAAACCUACAAUUGUGCUUUAAAAAAAUAUAUAUAUUUAUACAACCAACAGACAUUCUAUUCGAAUUAUUGAAUUGUGAUUGAUAAAAUUACUAAAAAUCUUCCCCUGCCCCUUCCGGCCCUUCCACCCUUUUCGGCUCAACCAAGUUUUUUUUUCUUGCUUCAUAUCGUGUCGAUGUCUACAAUGAAUUUCCCAUCGACGGAAAGAUGCAGAAACCACUGAGAGAGUUGAGCAGGCUGUGCCUUGGUACGUCCUCGAUAAACAAUAACAGCAAUAGCCAGAGCAAUAAUAUAAACGGAAAUGGAGGUGUGAAUCAACCAAGCAACGUGAUUGUGGUUUCGGCAGAGAUCGUCGCCAGCGAGCCACGAAGUGGACUUCCAUUAUUACAGGUAUGGCCCAGCGAUUCCCCAAGAGGCGAGGCCGAUGGUCAGGCUUUCAUAUUUCCGGACAUUCAAGACAGCGUGAAUGACAGUGGGAUCGAGUCUAUUCAGGCUUCCCCUUCGCCCUGUGGUGCUACAUGCAGCAUAAGUCCUGCGACAAGUCCGCAACAAUCUCGGCGGCCGAGUCUUUUGCAUCCGGACCAUGCACGACUUCAUCUCCACCAUCUUCAUUACAACCAUCAUGGCCACUCCGGUACACGUACUCCACCUUCACCCGAUCGCAACUCCAUUGACGAAGAAGCACCACCUGCGCCACCUAGCCCUUCAAGCUCAACUACUAGUAGUUUGCGAUCGAUGCCCAGUUCUACCAUGGCUUCGUUACACUCGUCUCAGGAUAGGCGAAGGAGCAGCAGGUACAGUGUAUUCGACUCUCUGGAUCUAGAAUACGCGCUUUUACGAGCAGCUGCUCGUGGCUCCGUUGGACCAUACUCCCUUUCGGAAUCACUACACAAACUCACCUUCACCCAGAGUCUCGCUUUCCCGGCUCUGGCGCGUGGUCUGGCCUCCAAACAAAGUGUACCAGCGAGACGACCUCAACAACACUCGGAAUCUGGUCUCAAUGCAUUCGCCAAAGUUGUCACAGCUCUUGUUCUGAUGCUCGUCAGUGUUCUUGUUUUUGGGGUUGUUUACAAAUUUGUAAGGACGUGAGGAUGGCUUCUGGUGUCUGGUAGCUACGGAGAAUCUUUAGAUGACUCAAGAAAUCACGAAUCCUUUCCUCGUGGCUCGGACACCAGUGGCAUUUUUAAUUUCAACACUAAUUAAAUUAAUAAACUUCAGGAAGCAUGUACACAUAGGAGAAUUGAAAAGAGUUUUCCUGAAAUUUUAUUUUUUGAGGAACGGUUGGUCGUAUGCAAACCAUAUCAAAUAGAACCGUCCAAACAGAAGUUGGAAAAAUAUAUUGGAACAGAUAAUUGAUCAGUGAUUUUCUAUAGAAUACUUAUGAUACGAUUCUUCACAUUCUUUACAUACUUUGAUAAAAGAUAAAAAAAAAAUUCCUCUGUCACUCGAUUAUCAGUGACAGCAAAUCUAGGUAAAUCGGGACGUUAACUCGAAAAUGUCUAUUUACUUUAUCACACGUAAGAUCAAAAUAACGUUACGAAUAUUCAUGUAUUUCUUUAGUCAUGGAAUAUUUUGAUCCAGAGCCACGAACGAUUCGAAAAACCAAUAACUCUUUUCUAACUCCAUGUUUACGUGCUUCAUUAUUACCCAACUGUUUUUUUCACAGUUGCGGGGGUUUUCCCCCACCAUGAUACUGCAUGUUAUAUCAUUACUAAUUGUAACGACGCAAUAUAAAAGAAUUUGGGGGAAUUUUGACUCGGAGUCCCGAUUCGAAAUAAUUACGGGAAGAAAAAUUUUGACAAGGCAAGUCAAGACGUGCAGCGUAUCUAUACCCAAGAUUUUCAUGUGACUACAUGUCUUGAUCCGUCAACCAGCGGCGAAAUCAUCACCAUAUCGGUCUUAUUCUACAGAACAACCUCGAUGAACGAUUGAACCGGGUGCUUUCCAAAUCAAAUUCAAACCAAUCGAUACGGGUCAUUUAUUUUGUAAAUUUAACUUUCCAAUGAACUAUCAUCGUACAGUGAGCGACGACGAAUGGUGAUCUCAACGACAACAGGAGAGUUACGCCUGAGCAGAUAAAUAUACGAAAACAUUUGGAUAAGAUGUCCUGAUUAUCUAUUCGACACUGAUAGUUCCGCUCUUUUAUACCUAUUAUUUUAGUCAAAUACACGAUUUUGUAGAUACGAUUCUUCGAGACACCAAUUGUAUAAGUGUUUCAUAUGUAUGAGGCAUUCGAAGCCAUCCCAUCAUUCUCGUAACCCUCGUCAGUUUUUUAUUUUUCUAUUUUUAUUUGUAAAACUUUAUAUCUUCCAGAAGAAGUAUCCACUUCAAUUUUAAGAUUUUAAUUACCUUUGUUUUAUGAGUUAUAAUUUCCUGCAAUUGUUGAUUUUGAAAGCGGUAAAAAGUUUAGAUGCCGAUAACUUCUGGAAUAAUUGAAAUUCAAAUAAGUGGUAGUACAUCAAGUUUUUCAAGUUGACGCUGGUUUUUUUAAAAGUAAAUGAACAUGAAAAAGGAACCUGAAACAUUUUUGAUGAAUUUGUGCACUAUAUAUGAGGGAUUCUCUGUCAAGUCGACCACUGUUUUUUCGACCAUCUUAGAUUUACCCCAUAACUGAUUAUAUCAAAAUACUACUAAAAAGCACU